CACUAUCUUUCCUAUUGGAUAGAAGUGUGACUCAUAACCCAGAUGAUCACGAGGCAAUGAGCGCUCCAAACGUUUGAUAUUUGGUGUUUAAUUCAUAAAGAGUUCAUUACAGACCGAAAAGCAUGGACAGGCGAUGGACGUGUCCUCUGGUCUUAUUAAGCAUCUCUUUCCUCAUUUAUGGUCGUCCAGCAAACUCAUCCCCUCCACUCACCCACCUUCCCUUUUCCACCAUAUGGAAUGCACCUACGGAGCGCUGCAUGUCUCAGUUCGGGGUCGACCUGGACUUGAGCGUCUUUGACAUCGUCCACAAUCGGGACCAGGCGUUCAUGGGUAACAACAUCACCAUUUUCUACUCUGAUAAGUUGGGACAAUAUCCAUACUACGAUAAUCACAACGAGCCAAUAUAUGGAGGCGUUCCUCAGAACGCCAGCCUGAGCGAGCAUCUCCGUAAGGCGCAUGAUGAUAUUCAGAUGGACAUCCCCGAUCGUGACUUUCAGGGGCUGGCUGUGAUCGACUGGGAAAAGUGGAGGCCGCUUUGGAAGCGCAAUUGGGACACUAAGCAAGUGUACUGGCUGGGAUCCAAAGCUUUGGUGAAAGCCAAACACCCUGACUGGACUCCACAACAAAUCGAAGCCAAAGCUGUUGAAGAAUUCGAGGGUGCUUCGAGAGGUUUCAUGGUGGAGACGUUGAAACUGGGUUUUGUGGAGCGCCCUGGAGGAUUGUGGGGGUUUUAUGGCUUUCCAUGCUGCUACAAUUAUCAGUACAAGAAGAACGAAACCUAUACGGGUGAAUGUCCACCUCUGGAAAUAAACAGGAACGAUAAACUGACUUGGCUGUGGAACGUCAGUUCGGCGCUGUAUCCCGAUAUCUAUCUCGACCUGAUGCUCCGGGGCCGCGAUCGGGAUGUCAUGUUGUACAGUCGCUAUCGGGUUUUGGAAGCCAUGAGGGUGAGAAAACAGGCCACCCGCAGUCCACCAUCUGUGUUCCCUUACGCCAGGAUUGCCUACACGUACUCAAUGGAGUUUUUGUCACAGGUGGAUUUGGUUCACACUAUCGGUGAAAGCGCAGCUCUUGGAGCAGCAGGUGUCGUGCUUUGGGGAGAUAAUAAUUACACCAAAUCAAAGGAAACCUGUGAAAGGAUUCGUCGUUACAUGGACGACACGUUAGGCCGUUAUAUUGUGAACGUGACGAAGGCAGCGUUUCUCUGCAGCCGGGCGAUCUGCUCGUUCCAAGGGCGAUGCGUCAGGCGGGACCCGAGCGUCAGGGCCUACCUGCAUCUCGACCCAUCUGUUUGGUCCAUCGUUCACAGAGCCCAGAUGCCAGGGUUCGUUACGGCGGGGCCGACUUAUGUGGCUUACAGAAGGGUGACGAUGGUCCAGGAGGACGCCAGUUUUUUUGCAGACAAGUUCAAAUGUCAGUGUUUCCCUGGAUGGGAAGGUGAACAAUGCCAGAACCCAGUGUCUGUAGAGUUUUAUACACGGCAGAAGAUCAGGACUGCAUUAAAUCUUAUGGAUGGUAAGGUUGUUGGGUUAAACUCCACAGCGAAUAAUCCAUAAAACCUAACCAUUGUGGACUUGAAUACAAGCACUGGUCACUUUAGACUUAUAAUUUACCUAGAAAACAUUAAUUGGUUAAACGAUACUAUAAAGAAAUAAACAUGUUAUGUAUUUCUGCUGAACUCUCCAGAAGUGCAUUGCCAAUUUGGACUUUGAGCAAGAUGCUUAACUUCAAUUUAAUUCAGUUACUAUCUUUAACAAGCUUACUGUAAGUCGCUUUGGAUAAAAAUGUCUCCUACGUGGUUGCUUUCAUGUUUGAUGCACUUUAAAAUCUGAUCAAUUUGUAAAAAUUAAGAUGCAGUUUUUUGUCAUACAAUGAGUUUAUGUUUGUUAGCUUUAAAUGCAUUUACAUUAUUGGGUGGUUUCACAGACAGGGCUUAUCUUAGUCCCAGACUAAAAUGCAUGUUUGAAUUUAAAAACGCCUUAUCUAAACAUAUAUCAGUGCCAUUGUUUUGUCUCCACACACACACCAGUAUUGUUUUUUAUAAGGUAUGUUUGUAAAACUAUUUAAAUGUCCUAAUAUAACCAAAGCCUAGUCCUGAAUUAAUCUAAACCCUGUCUAAGAAACCGCCCCUAUAUGUUAGUGUACAUCUACAUGCAUUUAAAAUUCAUUAAAAGUAUUUUUUGCUGGAAAACAAACCAAAAAUAUUGUUUACUUAUCUUUGUCUUUAAGGUCGUAUCAAAAUGUUUGUCCAAUAAAAUGCUCUGUUUGUAAACUAGUCUUUUCCCUAACACUUUAAAAAUAUUAUCAAAUAUUGUUUUUAUAUAUAAUUUUAAGCAUGUUAAUGUAACGUAAAAUAAUGCAAAAAACACAAAAUGCAUUGAAAAUUCCUUGGAUAAAAGCGUCUGCCAAAUGCAUAAAUGGAAAUGCGUAAAUGUGAUAUGUCACCCCUCUCAACUUCAAUUUUAAGAUGAAUCAUUUGCAUGAAAUUGUAGAUAACAGAAUAAAUUGUGAUUGGAAUAUAUAUAAAAUAAGGAAUAUUUUAGUGGACGUGUGUGUCUGAGGUAUUCUGUGUCCUCUAGAUGGCAGUAGUUGAACACUUUAAAGUGCACUAUAAUGGCAGAAUGACAUUCACUUCAACACACAAUAACAAUCUGGAGGACGACGAGUAUGAAAGACAUUUAAUAUAUUAAUGGACCGCGUUUGAUCAUGACAGAAACAAAUGAUUAAUGUCACGAACGUGUUUGAAGGAAGGAUUUAAUUGAAUGCUUGAAUCAGUCAUAGGUUAACUGGGGUUAGUUGUCACUUGUCUUAUUCUAAUGAAUGUUUCUGUUGAAAGUUAAAAGUCUUGACCGCGACAUUUUGUCACCUGUUUUGUUGUGUAUUUAUAUGCAUUUAUACAACACUUGCAUUUUUCUAUGAAUCUCAUUAUGACUUUGAGAGAUCUGACUUAAAUUAAACUAAUCUGUGACCAGUUGCAUAAACAUAGCUAUUGAGUUAAGAAUAAUCUAACCAACUAGCAGUUAGAGCUUACUAUUUGGAUUUAGAUUAGACCAGUCUACCUUCUUAAGUAACAUACUUAAAACAGCAAUGAUCAGUCUUAAAAAAAAAUACAUUACUAAGUUUUCAAGAAGUCGAAGCAGGUUAUGCAACCGGACCAUGAGCUUGAAUUAUGAAUUCAUAUUUAUAUAAAAUGAUGGCUCAUAUGUGAGACUUCAAAUCAGGGUCCGGUUACAUAAACAUAGCCGAUAAGUUAAGACUGUGUUGUAAGAACUACAGUAGUAUGACCAACUAGCAAUUAGUUAGGGCUAAUCAGUCUUUCUUUUCGGAUUGAUAUGAGAUCAGUCUACAUUUUUUAUGCAACUGACUUAAAUCGUUACAGGGGUGGUUUUCCGGACAGGGAUAAGUUUAAGCCAGGACUAGGCCUUAGUUUAAUUAGAAGAAAUAUAAAGAGUUUGCAAACAUGCCUAACUAAAAGCAUUACUUGUGUGAAUUUUGAUGCAAAACCAAGGACACUGAUGUAUUUUAAGAUAUGUCAGUUCAAGUUGUUUUUAGUUUGGACAGCUCUUACAUUUAUUGUAGUCUAGGACUAUUCUAAUCCUUGUCCGGGAAACCGCCCUAUAAUCAUAUAAUCAGUUUUGAGAAAAGAUGACUAACUUGUAAGACUAGUCAAGAGUUAAUGCAACCUGCCACUGUUUAGAUUAGUGAACUGUCCCACAUAUACAGCUAGGGCUGGGCAAAAAAAUAGAUUUUUCGAUUAAUCGUUUUUUGUUUAAACGUGGUCGAUUCAAAAUCGAUUCUUAAAGGCCACGAAUCAUUGUUUUUUUAUGAAAUAAACUGAUCCUGUUUGAUCAAGGAAUGCGACUGUUCUGACUUUUUUCAGCAUACAUUUUUCAUCUUGCAUCAAUAUUCUGUAGUAUUUAACAUAAUUGUAUGCAUUUGAACAUUAGAGAUGUGAUCUGUUUUAAUUUACUCAAGUGU